AUGGAAGAGAAUCCAAGUGUGAACCUGCCUGGAGCUGGGCCAGCCCAAGAUAAGGUGGAGAGCACAGCAGAGCAUCCUGUGCAUCAAGAGCCCACCCAAGAAACACUUGAGCACCAAGUGACGAGCGGGUGGCCCAAGACCUCCUGCAAACCAGAGGACGACUCUUUGGUGUGUCAAUCACCAGAUGCUGAUGGAGGAGAGACAACACUGUUAGAUUCAUCUGACCCCACAGUAGAGGAGAAGGUUCCUCAGGAAACUGAAGCAUCACUGGAAGAAUCUCCGAAGACAAGAGAUGGUCUAUCAGAAAGAUCCCAGGAAGAAGAUAACUUGGAUGAAGCCCAGCUGGCCCACAGUAUAAUGGACAGCAAAGGAGACAGCCUUGUCCACCAGGAAACAUGGGAGGACCAGGAGACAAGCAAGCCAUGUGAAAGCUCCAACACAGCAGAGGAAGAUGCUUCAUCAAUAAGCAAGUUACUGAGCUCUGACAGUAAAAUGACACAUUUGGAUGUGACUGCCACAGAAGAUGUCACCAAGGGCCUCUUGGCAGAGGAAAGCACCAGUGCCCCUCUCCUAGAUCAGAGGCCAAAAGAGCACACAGAGCAAGAAACACAGGAGAGCGGAUCCCAAGGCACAUUACGGAGCAGACACGGGAUCAAAGGGCACACAGCCCCAAAGCCAGAGGCUCAGUCCUGCUUGCAGAACGUCACCACCCAAAACACAGACCAGGAGAAGGCCAAAGAGUCCUUCUUGCUGAAAGGUGAGGAAAAGAAGCUUCCCUUGUGCAUUACUCAUCGACCAGAAGGCACUGAUCGUCCAGGAACAAGACUUGUCGUUGUGAGCCUUGUAUUGCUCGGCUUCUGCAUAUUCUGCUUCGGCAACCCGACCUCCAAGUCCCAGCAAGCACCCAAGAACCCCACGGUGGAGGCCUUCCUGUCCCAGUUCAACCAGCUGCAGGACAGAUUUCCAGGGCAGAGUCCCCACCUGUGGCUUCGUGGGCGUAAGUUCCUGCAGAAGCACCUCAAUACGUCCCACCACACGCAGCCGGCCAUCAUCAUCUUGGCAGCCGCCCGCAAGGCCGAGCAGACCUUGCGAUGCCUUAGCACCCAUGUGGCUAACACCUACUCAUCCGCCCUCCACGCCAGCACUGUCCAGAUCAGUGGUACAGAUAAAUCCAGGCUCCAGAGUGACCAGGCCAAGCUGGAGGUUGACUCAGAGCUGAGCUCAGCUUUCCAGGCUGGGGGCCGUGCUGCGGUGAUACACCGCUUCGAGUUGCUGCCGGCGGGGGCCACCCUUAUCUUCUACAAGUACUGCGACCAUGAAAGUGCUGCUUUCAAGGACGUGGCCCUGCUGCUGACCGUGCUGCUGGAUGAGGAGAUGCUGGAGACCCACAUCAGCCUCCAGCAGGUGGAAGAGAGGGUCCGUGACUUCCUCUGGGCCAAGUUCACCAGCACUAAGACCCCCAGCUCCUACGACCACAUGGACUCUGACAAGCUGAGUGGGCUGUGGAGCCGCAUCUCCCACCUGGUCCUACCAAUCCAUCCAGUACAGACCAUCGAGAAGGGGGACUGCCAUGUCCACACCAAACCUUAG